CGGGGCGAGGCGGUGACGUGGCGCGGGAGCCGGCUGGGCAGGCCCCGUGCCGGCGCGCGGAGCUCCGCCCCCCCUCCUUCCCUCCCCCCCGCCCCCCCCCGCCCUGGCGGCUGCUCGCGCUCACCGGCCGGCCGGCGCGUGGCUGUCAGCUGCCGCCGACCCGCCUUCCCGCCGGCCCUGAGGAGAGACCGAGGGCGGCCAUGAAGAUCUGGAGCUCGGAGCACGUCUUCGGACACCCCUGGGAUACAGUGAUCAAAGCUGCUAUGAGAAAGUACCCCAACCCAAUGAAUCCAUGUGUGGUCGGAGUAGAUGUCCUCGACAGAAGCCUUGAUAACCAGGGGAGGUUGCAUAGUCACCGUCUUCUCAGCACAGAGUGGGGAUUGCCAAGUAUUGUAAAAGCGAUUUUAGGAACAAGUAGAACUCUGACUUACAUUGAGGAACAUUCUGUGGUAGAUCCAGUGGAAAAAAAGAUGGAGCUUUGCUCAACUAAUAUUACUCUCACAAACUUGGUGUCCGUUGAUGAGAGACUGGUUUACACACCUCAUCCUGAAAACCCUGAAAAAACUGUGCUAACACAAGAAGCAAUUAUUACUGUUAAAGGCAUUAGCUUGAGCAGUUAUCUGGAAAGCUUAAUGGCAAACACAAUAUCUUCUAAUGCCAGAAAGGGUCGGGAUGCCCUGGAGUGGGUGAUCAGCAAACUAAACACAGAAUUGGAGGAGCUGAAGUCAACGCGAGGGAAUGAAACCAGCAAUGGCAGCAGCAUCAACAGAAAAAUAAAACCAAAAAUACCAAGUAACUGACAGAAAAGUUUUAUUCUGCAGACUGCUUUGUAGAUCUCCCUUCCAAGGCUGAUCUGCAGAGGUUUUAUAUAUUUAUAAGAAUAUUGGAUCAGCGGAAAAUAACCUCAUCCGUCACCUCCACAGCAGCUCCUGUUGCCUACUGAAGAUUACAUUGACCUCCUGCAGAUACUCUUUUCAUUUAAACAAUUUAUUUUUAACACUGGAAACAAAACAUUUAGCGCAUUUAAAACUGCCUAAAUGUGCCUUUUUUAAUGAAGAUAGAGAGUAUAUUUACACUAUCUCGUUUUUUCAUACUCAAACUUGAAAAGAAUGCAUGUAUGGUAUUAAGGGUUUUCCAUAUGAACACUUGUUCUGUGAAGGGCUGAUAGGUACUAGAGCACUGAAUUUUGUCUGUUUUGUAAUCUGAUAGUGUCUUAUGACCAUUUAAAGGGAACUACAUGAGUCAGAACAUGAUACUGUAGAAUUAGGUAUCUUAUCUAGAGAAUCAUCCCAAAAAGCUAAAACUUGCGUGGUACUAACUUUUCUUACGUUGUUUAAAUGUGCUGCGUGAACAUGACACACAGAUACUUUACCUCUUAGAGUUUGUAUCCAAACAAAGAUGAAGUUUCUAUUGAAGUUAAUAGCCUAAAACAGUGUUUUUGGUGGGGAGAAGGGUAUAAUUUAUUUUCGUAUUUAUUAACUUGCCCUAGUUCCUCCCCUCCCUAUGAGGAGAGGAGUAGUAAUUCCUGGAAGGUGCUGGAAAAUACUUAUUUAUCUCUAAGAAGGGUACUUGUGGGCUACUUGAAUGAAGAGGCUGUGCUGUUCAACUGGUCCUUGCUCUUCACAUCAUGUCUUAACUAAGGGAGAGGCUGAUGCAAUAUCCAGAAGAGUUGAAACAAGAAAUAAGCAGGGAAUUUGAAAUCCAAAUGGUAAGUUUUCAUGAACAUGUACUUUUCAUGCCCUGAAUGGAGAAAACAAGAGUACAAGAAAAACAAAUGGACUCUCCUUUUUGAGUGCUUUCUACUGACUACCAGUGUAACUGAAUUUUUUCAGCACUUUUUCACACUGGUACAAAAUCGUUUUAGGAUCAUUUUAAAUGGUUCUCAUUAUCUGGAAAAAUACUCCAGUAACUGCAGAAAUUGCUUCCUAUAAAAUGUGCAUAAAUAUAUAUUGGUAACAGUCCUAGCCUUGUCUGAUGUUUGCAAAGUUUUCAUAUUUGGUCCAGGUAUAGUCUAUGUUUCUUAGACAGUCCUCUGUUAGGGCAUUUUAACUUAUUUUUGGUGUGCACACAAAGUGAAAUCAAUGUUGCAAGGAUGUUUACUUGUUCAAGUGGCAAGCAUGUGUUUAGGAAGCUGUUAAAAAGCAUGAGUAACUUCUUUUUGAAAAAACUAGAAGAGUAAAAUCACUGUUCUGAUCUGGUAACUUUGAAGUGUCUGUAGCUUAAGGGAAAUUUCAGCAUUCGUAUUCUGGUUAGUUUGAAAGUGAACAUUAAUUUGGGUGUAACUAUAGUCUCACUAAACUACAUGAUCCUAAUGAAUAAACUUAAUUAAAAAUAUAUAUAUAUUAGUCAAAAGCAAUGAAAUGAGUAGCUAAUAUUUACAUUGCUCUUUUUAUAUGGACCUAAAACCUUUCUUAUUUUGGAACAGAAGCUGAUAGCAGCUCUUUUCCGGAAGAUACGCUGAAUAGCUUUGCUGCAGGUCAGUUGUUGUGCUUCUCGAAGCGAUGCCACUUCCUGGAUAAAGCAAGCAGAAGAUGUUCUAGCUCCUGGUGGCAUCCUGCUAGGAAGGGGAGUGCAGCUAUGGCAGAGCUCUGCAAACGAAAGAAGAUGAGUAAGUGUGUGCGCAUGUGGAAACCUGUACUACAGCAUUUCCAUACAUGCCUGCUGGAGAUGAUGAAAACAUAACUGUUGGGGGGGGGUAGAGCAGCCUUGGGAGAGGUUCAUUUAUUGCUUCAGUUUGGAAGAAGAAUUGUCUAAAGCUGCUUCUUGCAUCAGAUUUGAAAUAGUUGACUAGAGUUGUCUUAAAGCCCACUGAGUUGUGCAUAGCACCUUCCAGCACUAGCUGAUGUCCCAGAAAAGUCACCACAGGCUCCUAUAUUCUCUCUAGGGUUGAGCUCCUCUGCCACACCUUAGGGUCAGUACCAGUUAUGCAUCAGUUUUCCGGAUUGCUUUCUUUGCACUUUGUUUCCUUUUUCCAGAAACAAAUCCUUAUCUGCUUGUGUUGCAGCAUCUCCUUUCCGUUUCAUUCCCCACUGGUUUUGGGCUGCUUCCGCUCCACGUUUCAUGCUACUUGGGAACUAUAUGGCUAGAUGCUUGGUUUUCCAAUCUGUCUGCUGCUCCAGUUGCCAUGGAUCAGCACCUUGCCUGCUUGGGCUCAGUCCUCCUCUGCUUUUCUCUAGGCUAAAUGGGAGCGGGGAGGCUUUGAGGAGGAAAAUUAGGUAAUUUAAUCUGCUACCAGACAGCGCUGCUGCUUCUCACCUUGUCUUUGGGUAGGUGACACUCCUGCACCUCUGGGCUUAUUGAUCUUCCUGUGGGUGCUCAUUUUGCCAAUGUGGACAAAGGACCAGCCAGUGGUCGCGCUGGGACCAAGUAGGCGCCAGUGUUUAGCAGAUGGAGUGAUUCUUAAUUUCCUGUAAGCUUUCCUGGACACUUUCACUCUUCUGCUUUCUGCUCAUCUAGUUUGCAUAUGGGGCUCCCACCCUUUUCCCUUGACCAUGUGACUCUUCUCCAUGGGAUCAGUAGCUGUUAUGUUCAGCCCUGCUCUGCAUAAUACUGCUUUUUGAAGCACUCCAUUUCCCACUCCAGUUCUGUCACCGCUGUAGUCUGAGUUGACCCUUGGGGCAAAAAAAGCCCCUACCUUUGGAAUUGCUUAUCUUGGUCCUUCCCUGGGGACCGCCCCCCAUCUUUAUUUACUGGAAAUGGCUAAAAAAUAUUUCUGAAGUGAGUUUUACGUCAUGUGCAUUGACUGAGGUGUCUGUCAAAGAUGGAAAGCUGCAUGUGAGGAAAAGUGCUAGGCUGCUUGUGGGAUUUGGGGAGGGGGUGUAGCUUUUUGGAUUGGUGCAGAAACAGCUGGGUACGUAGAAGGAGAAAAUUUAUAAAGCAGAAAUGGCAUUAAGUCAACUCUCAUUAACUUGGAAGGAUCUUGAAGCACUGGGGACCAAGCAGAAGAAAGCUCAGCACUUGUAACCAUGCUGAUUAAUGGGUAGCAAGUGCCAUUUUGAAUAAGAAUUCUGUGCUUUGAGAGUUGAAAACAGAAUUAGAGUUUUGUGUGUUGGGGGAAGGAGGUUGUCCGCUGCUGUUGUUCAAGCCACUGAGGCUUGCAGUUCAGUGUUUCUCAGCUGUUAGGUUGCAACUCAAGGGAAAGGAGGGUGUGUGGGUGUGUGUAGGGCAGUGGUUUGGUUUUAAGAAUUUAGCACCAGUGUAUCAGGUCCCCAGACUGGUUAGGAGUGUGGCUGCUCACCCUGCCCCGUGACUAGAGCUGCAUCGCACUCACCUGCUGUGGAAGUAUGAUGCUGGGGAUAGCUGGGUCCUGACUGUGGGGAAACAGUGAGGGAAGAUGGCAGCGGUGGUUCCUAGAGUGUGGCAAACUGGGCAUGUUAGCUCUUGGCCCUGAAGGAUUUUAAGAUGUUGAAGAUACCAAACUUGAGAUGAUAAACUCCGGUUUCUGGGUGACGUCUGUUUUUCAUGCUAGUGCAGACAGGCUCAUGUUCGCAACAAAAGACAUUAACAUAAACCAGUGUAAUCAAACGGUCUUGUGUGUAAUUGGUUUUGUGUAGACUAUCCCUUUUUUUCCUGACUUGCCCUUGUGCCAGUGUGAGUCCUCCAUGCCCCCCCAUACUUCUGACUUCUUUUCCCCCUUCAGGUCAGCAGGCACAAUGUGGGAAGGGUCAUAUUUGUUGGGAAAAUGGGCAAUCCUAGUGUCAGUUGCAGUAUUCUUGAAAGACUUGCUUAACGCAAGUAAAGGCACUGAACUGCAGCACUUAGCAUGUGUCAGGUACUGAUGUAUGGCACAUAUCAGGCAUUGAUGUAUCUGACGAUGUAAUAGAGUAGCACUAAGAUGACCAGUGACAUUCCUUGAUGUGACACUUUUCAUUUAAAUCUUCAGGUGGAGCAGUGGGUAACGCCUUCCCUAUUCUUGCAUCUUCCUAGAUUGUAAGCUGUGAAGGGCAGGACUCUGUAAAGUGUCUAUGUACACUAUGGUGCUAUCUUAAAUAAAUGACAUCCUCAGUUUAAAAAAA